UAAAGGGAAUGCGUUCAACCGCGUCAAGUGGUGCGGACACGGGUGUUUUUUUUCCCCGUGUACCUUUAUCUAUUGUAAAACCGUAUUCAAAUUAGGACCUGCGCAUAGGGCACUGGGCCCCGGCCCUUACUACGUAUUCUAUACGCCUGCAAGUUCUGUUGCUCUUUGGCUUGCCAGGGUGGUUCGGUCGCUUCUAGGCGGGGAGGGGGAGUUACUUUUUCCUAAAUUCUUCUAAGCGCAGAAAUUGUCGGCAUGCAUUUCGAUCGUAUCCUAGUGCAUGUUGGUGCGUUCGGCAAGUUUCAGAAGGUCAUUUGCGUUCUGCUGAGCCUUGUUGCUAUACCGUGCGCUUGGCAUUCCAUCGCCCAGGUAUUCCUGGCAGCAGAGACCGACCACUUGUGCGCCGUGCCGGCCGAUCAAUCCCUGAACUGCACCGGGCUGGACCUCGAGACUGCGGUGGAGUGUCUGAACCAACAGAAGGAGCUCACCAUCCCGUUCACAGUGGACAAGGAAGGCCAGGUCGUGUACUCAAAGUGUGAGCGGUACGUGGAAGCUUGGGACGGGGAAUUGGAAGGGAAUGGCACCAAUGGAACACUGCAGAGGGAUGAGGCCAGCAAUGAGACUAUACCCUGCGAUAGAGGAUGGGAGUAUGAUCGCUCGCAGUAUCAUAGUACCAUCAUACAAGAUUUUGAUCUGGUGUGCUCUAGAAAGGACCUACCAGGGCUGUCCCAGUCGGUAUUCUUUGCCGGGUUGCUCACUGGGUCGUUCAUCUGGGGUGCUGUUGCGGAUUGGUGCGGUCGCAAGCUGACGAUUUUUAUCAGCCUUUCUCUGGCCUCAGUCAUUUGCACUGCCAACAGUUUUGUUCCCACUUUUGCAGCUUACACCGCUCUUCGUUUUUUCAUCGCCGGGCUCAAUUUUGGUGUCUAUUUGAUCUCUUUUGUCUUAGUGUCGGAGAUUGUCGGCCCUACGUAUCGAUCCAUGGUGGGUACGUUGAUUGCCGUCUUCUUCUCUAUAGGCUACGCUCUUCUGGCCGUCAUUGCAUAUCAACUGCGGCAGUGGCGCCAACUGCACUUGGCUAUCUCUUUGCCAUGGUUCCUGUUUUUCCUCAUCCUCCUAGUUAUUCCCGAGUCUCCAAGAUGGCUGGUGACCAAAAAGAAAUACAAGGAAGCGGAGAAGAUCAUCAAACGAGUUGCUCACUUUAACGGCAAGAGUGUGCCAGAAAAUCUGUUCGACGAUGGAGAGGAAGAAACGCUCCAAGUGAAAACGGUGCUACCCCGCCAAGCUACCCAGAUUGACCUCUUCCGAACCCCGAACAUGAGAAGGAAGACCCUCAACAUUUUCUUCAACUGGUUUGUGAACAGCCUGGUGUACUACGGCCUCUCUCUGAGCACCUCCGGCCUUGGCGUGGACGACUAUGUAGCUGCCUUCGUGUCGGGCGCUGUCGAGAUGCCGGGCUACUUGUCGAGCUGGCUGGCUAUUCAGAAGCUCGGCCGACGCCUUUCACUCUUCCUGUACCUAUGCGUAGGUGGCUUGGCUUGUCUUACCACCAUCUUCAUCGCGCCAGGUGUUGCGAGAGCUACGGUGGCUAUGAUUGGGAAAUUUGCCAUCUCUGGGUCCUUCAAUAUCAUCUAUAUAUACUCCGCUGAGCUGUACCCGACACCCGUUAGGAGCAUGGGCGUUGGAAUGUCGUCCAUGUCAGCCCGGCUCAGCGGCGUGAUAGCCCCUGUUAUUCUCAUCCUGGGCAACUACUGGGAGCCUAUCCCGCUGAUCGUCUUUGGGGGAUGCUCUCUGCUGGCCGGUGCUCUGGCACUUCUGCUCCCGGAGACCCUGAAUCAUGCCCUGCCAGAAACCAUUCAAGAAGGGGAGGAGUUUGGUAAGGGCCAAGGUUUCGGUCUUAGGACUUUGUUCAAGACACAGCAUGGGCGCCCCGCUGACGGGGAAAACGCUCCAGGAGACCCAUACAAACGCAUCCCUACCGACAAGACGGAAACCCCCUGCGAGACAUCGCCCAUGUAGAGGGCUUAUCUGGAUGAAAAAAGGAAUGCUCUGGUCACAAUCAUCUCACAGCGGUGCUUCUGUUUACUAUUUUUAUGUUUUGUAACUCUAUCUGCUUGGUUAAAUCACAGCGAUCAAAAUGGGGUAACAGGAAAAUCUCCAAAUUGCCACGUUUGCAACGACCAGACAAUACACUGGUAGAUUACCAGUGGAGUAAAUUUGUACCGGAAAUUUGGGGAUGGGGGAGGGUUUAUUGUUGGGGGGGAUAACGUGCCUAGAUAUGGA